UUAGUUUUUUUUGCAGACACAGCGCCAGACGAAGCGGUUCGGAGUUCGAGAGAUAUUAGAUGCGUCAGCUGUCAAAGUUAGUGAGAGCCGCGACGGUCGUUGAUUAUUGUGUUAUCAAUUGUUGCCGCAAAAACGACAGUACCCAAUGUACUGUGACGCAAUCUUAAUUAUUCAACAGGACGCAAUACUUUGGCGAAGAGCGAUAUCAUCGCUGUAAAUAAAUGCACUUGAGAUUUUGUAAUCCCCUGAUUACGAAGCUUCUAGUCCAAUGUCGUCACUGAUAAAGUUCUGAUAGGCAGCUGCCAAUUUGAGUAGCGAUGAAUAGUAGACAUAGUCCCGGAAAAAUUACACUGGGGAUGAUAAAAGGCAAGCCGAUCGCCACAUCUGUACCAGUGAUUCAUUAUCGAGCCAAUGACGAUGAACUGGAAGAAUUAUAUCCGAGCUCCUCGGAUGAGGAGAAAUGUCUCACGCCGGAGUCUGAUAAAGCGAGGAUCCCGUCGAGUCCCUCGAAAGACAGCGAAAAUGGCCAAGGAAUGGACAACGAAUCGGAGAGUCGUUCCAUCGACAGUAAUAUAUUUGAGGGUGUUCCACCAUCUUCGGAUCCAUGGAAGAUGUUAUCCGAAAUCAAGGGAAAGAUCACAAAGACAUUCGAGGAGAAGCUCUUUGAGAUGAAGAGCGAUCGAAAGAAGGGAAGAGGUAACAAAGAUCAUUCAAAUAGUGUUAGUGACUCGGAGGAUCCGGGUGAUGUCACUCCGACCGACGAGAAUGUCAAUGAAAAGCAAGAGAGAGAGCCAAAUUUGUCCACUGGUCGCCAUAGGAGCAAUGCUGCGAGAUUUGUAGGCUUCUCGCACGUGAAGACUGGCUUGAAAACCAAGGGCUCCCAGGAUGACAGCGUUGAGAGCGGUGUGGAAGCUGCCGAGUUUCCCGAAUCCGUUCCCGAUCCGUUCUUUUUCGAAUUACAGGAUGAUUCUCGCGCGGAGGACAAAGCGGACACUGUCGCGCAUUGUCGUAAUCUUUAUAGACAAUCGGAUGGAUAUGUCUGCGUAAAGGAAGAAGUAAAGCUUAGUACGUUACUCACCCGCAUGAAGGAUUAUCUAUUUCAGCAACUGACAAAACAGUUAGCUGCACUUUUGACCCUUACGCUCGCUUUCUUUUUUCUCAUUCCGCUGCCCGCGCACUUGGUUGGUUUUUUCAUAGGGGUUUUCGCAACGGUAACGGUAUAUAAACUAAUGCGGAGGAUCAAAGAUAUUUUAACGGCACCGUUAGACAAACAAUCUGUGCAUACGGCGGUUCCCGUGGUGGAGAUACCGGCAGCGGAGGAGCAUGCGGUUCAAGAAAGAUACGAGGGGUGGUUGAACGAACUGCCCUACACUUAUGAUCCCCAAAACUAUCAUGUAGCGCGCACAAAGUCGGUCCUGUUCACUCUAGAAGGUGGAGUGUUGCGCGUUAUGGAGACUAGAAUGAGAGUGCCAAAGAGAGCGGUGUGGGAUGAGCCUAAGCGAAAAUUUAAGUUCACCAAAAAACGCGUGUACAAUCUUGUCGGUGCGAAAGUGGAGCUAUUACCGGAGGGACUCAUCCGGAGAAGGAGAUGGAGCAAAAAAUAUCCAAUUUGUAUUACGAUGGACCGAGGAGCAUUAAUAGACAGUACGAUGUUGAGCGAUUGGACGGAUCUGGGAAAAGAGUCCUUUGACGACGAAAAAAAGAUCAAUCAGAUGGAAGGGAUCGACCAAGAGAUCGAAGAAAGCACAUUGGGUGAAGAAACAAAGAGCGAAGAUGAAGAUUUUAGAUUAGAAUUCUUUAAGAACAACGAAGAAGAAGAAGAAUCGAAAACUUAUGAAGAUGAAGAUGACGAUGAUCUCUCGCAGUCUAAAUCUAUCAGGAGUGUUUACGAGGACUGCCGCGACGAAGAAGAGAUUACCAAAUGCAGAUUGUACGUGUUUGCGCGUGCCGAUCGAGAGAAGGAAGACUGGUUUCGAAAAUUGACAUCAGCGGCUUUUUUUUCGAGAAAACGACAUUCAACUUCUUCUAUAAACGAUUCAGUAUCCUCUGCGAAUGCGAUAUCUACGCAGCCAGAUGUGGCGGAAGUAAAGUUGCUCGAGGCGUCUCCCAAAAUCUCUUACAAUACCUAUAUGAGCAAGUACCUGAACAUGAAUCCUGAAGAUUCUCCGAAGGAGAACGACAUCCUCUGGGUAAACUGCCUCCUGGGACGACUAAUGUUCGAUAUGCACAGCUGUCCAGAGACGAUCAAUCUCAUUCAGGAUAAAAUACAGCGCAAGCUGUCCAACAUAAAACUUCCGUAUUUCAUGGAGAGUCUGUUGGUGACGGAAGUAGCGAUCGGCCAGGAUGCUCCUAUGGUUCACAAGAUCACUAAACCGACGCUCGAUCAACGAGGGCUCUGGUUUGAUUUGAACAUUACUUAUAAAGGCUGUUUGACGAUGACUGUGGAGACAAAGUUGAAUCUAAUGAAGCUGACGCGUGCGAGUAGCGUGUCUGGUGAUAUAAUUGCAGAGAAAUCUGUGCCUACUAGAUCACCGAUAUUCGAUAGUGACGUAGAAGACAGUCCAGAAACGUCUACAGAAGACGAAGAUGUCGGAAAUGUCGCGUCGUGCGUCACAUCCAAAGAUGCUACAUCGACACAAUCUUCUGGCAAGAAGUUUCUCAGCAUGGUCGACAAGUUAGCAGCCAACAAAUAUUUUCGACACGCCACAGAAUUGUCCUAUAUACGAAGAGCAAUGGAGGGUGUUUCCAACACGGAGAUCCGUUUCACAGUCAACGUGUCUGGUAUCGAGGGUUGGCUCUCGGUUAAUAUUCCACCACCGCCCGCCGAUCGACUUUGGUACGGUUUUAAGCCGGUGCCAAAAAUCACCCUUACUGUACAACCAGCCCUUGGUGAAAGGACCGUCAACAUUGUCUACGUGACCAAAUGGAUCGAGAAUAAACUACUCAGGGAAUUCGAGAAACUAGUUGUUCUACCAAAUAUGGACGAUGUGGUCCUGUCACUCUGCCCAAACUAUCCUUUCGUCGCAACGUAAGUAAAUCUUAUGCUGGCCAAAUCAGUUAUCUGCUUUUACAUUUAUUGUUUUUUUUUGUUUUUUGUCCUCCCCCCCCCCCCCAUCUUUUUGUACAUUUUGCGAAAAAUGUUUUUACCACCCUUGCAAGAGUUAACUGAGAAAUAAAUUUUGUUAUUGUUGUUGUAAUAAUGUAGUGAUUGUUAAAAUUUGUAAAUAAAAAAUACGAGAAAUAAAAUGAGAGAAUUCUCAAAUUUCGCGGAUAAGAACGCUGUAGCUUUAGCUCUUUUUACACAAUUUUUUAAUAUUAUUACUAUUAUUUGCUGUAAGGAAUACUUUAUCAAGCGGCAUUUGUGAGAAGAGAAAAAAAUAAUUGUGAUAUAUCUUUAUAUAUGUUAUCUUUACAUUCAUAAAGUGAAUGAAAGAAGGAGAAAAAGUUUGUUGUGAGUGUACAUUUUUAUUAAAAUAUGUAAAAAUAAAUAUGGAUCAAAAGAGAGAAAUGGAGAACAUGGAGAACCGAGACAAUUUAAAUAAUGUUAAUUGUAAAACUCACUGCAGAUUGUUUACUUGUACAAUUGUAAAUAUCACGAAAUCAAUGCUGCGGCAAUCGUGGAGGAAAAUUUGUGCGUUACUGUCUAAUAUGAUGGGUUCAAUAAUUUAAUUAGUUCUUUUAUAUAUAACAGGCAGUUGAUGCGAAAUGUUUUGCAAAAGUAUUGUUAAAAUACUGAUAUCACGUAAUAACUAACUGAUAAUUUACAGACAAAUUAAAUAGCCUGCAAUUUUGUUGAAUUGGUUAAACUCUUGAGAAAAGAAAAUAUAAAUAUAUAUAAAUAAGAUAAAAAUAAUGACUAUAUAUAUAUAUAUAUAUAUAUAGAUGGUACAGGUUUUCUCACUUCAACUCCUCAAGUUAAUGCGUAUACAUUAUUGAAAAACUGAUCAUUAAUGUCAAUGAUGCAUGUAAGCAUUAUUUUAAACAAAAUAUUUUCAACUAUAGGAUUUUCGCAAAACACGGUACCCAUCGGUUUUUGAGAUCAUUCAAGUCAUUCUU